CUCUAUUCUCUCCGCCCGCUCGCCACAGCACCACAGAAGAAGAAGAUGUCCGAGCGCACCUGACAGGCGUGUUUUUAGCUUGUUAGCAAAGCGGCUACAUCUCUAAACGCGUACCAUCUGGCCAUCGCUUCAGAAAACACACGUUGCGUUGGCAUUUUUAAAGUGCACAGAGGUCGAGAUUUGGAAGGAAAGGAGAAAUAAAUCGCCGCAGUCAUGCAGAUUACACUGAAGACGCUGCAGCAGCAGACCAUUCAAAUAGACAUCGACGAUGACCAGACGGUGAAGGCACUGAAAGAGAAGAUUGAGGCUGAGAAAGGCAGAGACAGUUUUCCUGUGGCCGGACAGAAGCUCAUCUAUGCUGGGAAAAUCCUGCAGGAUGACACGCCCAUCAAAGAUUACAAAAUCGAUGAGAAGAACUUUGUGGUGGUGAUGGUGUCAAAGACGAAGCCUUCAUCAUCAUCAGCAGCGCCCGCCCCAACUUCAGAUCCGCCCAAAACUAUCACUGCUUCCUCUUCUUCCUCCUCACCUCCUCCCACUCCGGCCCCUGCUGCAAUCCCUAUCCCUGUAGACGAGAGUUCGGAUGAUCCACCUGCAUCUGUGUCACCAGCGCGGAGUCCUGAUGGUGGUAUGAGCUCUGUGGCUGAUGGGGAAGAUGCUUCUUCAACAUUAGUGACGGGUCAAGAGUAUGAUGACAUGCUUUCGAAUAUCAUGUCUAUGGGGUAUGAAAGAGAGCAGGUCGUGGCCGCGCUCAAGGCCAGUUAUAAUAACCCUCACCGGGCUGUCGAGUACCUGCUCAAUGGGAUUCCUAGCGUCCCCGUGCAGGAGACGAACCCUGCCCCGGCCCAGCUGCCCACUGACACCCCAACAACAGAAGGCGGUGAGAACCCUCUGGAGUUCCUGCGUUCUCAACCACAGUUCCAGAGCAUGAGGCAGGUGAUCCAGCAGAACCCCUCCCUGCUGCCAGCCCUCCUGCAACAGCUGGGACAGGAAAACCCGGAGCUACUGCAGCAAAUCAGUCAACAUCAGGAGCAGUUCAUUCAGAUGCUGAACGCGCCUGUGGCUGAAGGCGAGGUAGUGGAGGGGGCGGAGUUCGCCGAUUUGGGUGCCAUCGCUGACGAGACGGCACCCGGCAGUUACAUUCAAGUGACGCAACAGGAGAAAGAUGCUAUUGAGAGGUUAAAAGCUCUCGGGUUUUCAGAAGCUCUGGUGGUCCAGGCGUACUUCGCUUGCGAGAAGAACGAAAAUCUGGCCGCCAACUUCCUGCUCAAUCAGAAUUUCGAGGACGAAUGAGAUUCGUGGAUUGCCCACCUGCCCGUUCCCGCUCCACUACACACGCACUGCAUCUACUCGGGACACCGGUUUUCCCCAUUAUUUCUUUGAGUUUAAGUUAAGGGGAGACUCGCAGACUGGGUGGGGAUGGGGCGGAUGCUUUUAAACGGAGCAAAAAUUCCAAUGGAAUCGAUGGCAGUUGGGUUGAAUGCACUCUGGCAUGUCGAAAGAGGUGACAACAUCAGCAUCAAUUGAAAGCAAACGCUUCUAGCAGUAUUACGGGAUAGGACGAGCAAGGUUAGACGUAUCUUUGUUUGUUUUUAUUGCAAAGAAUUAUUAGUAAUAUAUGUCUAUGGAGAUUUUAUAUAUUUCUCUUAAUAUCAGAGAUAUUUCUCCCACAACGCAAUGAUUGGAUGAUUAAAUGUAUCACCUAAAGUGGUAACAUUAAAAUAUCAAAUGAGUUUGGUGUAAUCCAAAAACAAAUGACCUAAAUUAAUGUUGUUUCAUGAAUGAAUUCAUAUCGUAUGUAACCUUAAGUGACCGAUAUAACUGGUUUUAAUGUAUUGGGAUGAAGGAUGAUAAGCAAAUUCAAAUGCACAAUUUGGUCGUCCCAUUUACAGUUAGCACGACAAGCUGUUUGCAACACUUUUUCGAUAACACUACGAUUGCUUUUAUCAACUGGGACCAGAAAGGAGCCAGCUAGUAGGAGGGGAGGGGCUGAAAAACAUGGCAUCCAAAACGCAGUCAUUUUAGAUCUAGGUAGAAUUUAUUUCUUUAAAACAGUGUAUUUCCCAAAAUAAGACGAUGUAUUCACAGGGUUUAUUUAAUGUUGAUUUUUAAAAAAGGCAUAUCUCCAUUUCUGCUAUCUCCUGAUCUUUGAGGAACAUUUUUAAUGUCGAAGUAUAAAAACAAAAAGAAAUAAUAAUUGGGAAGGGUAAUUUUUCUCAAAUAAUUCAUAGAUGAGCUUAUUUUACUGCAUAAUAUGAGAGGACCAAUUUGUACGAUACAAAGGCACACUAGCUUGCUUGCAUUUCAGCGCUAUAACGCAGAUACCCGUCACAGCACGGUGAUCCUUUGCGAGACAUUGUACGCAGAAUGUAAAAUCCUGAUUUUUAUGAAUCAUUUCUCUGUGUAAAGCUGAUAAAAGGUUCUUUUGUUCAUGUAUUACAAGUAAAGAUACUUUCAGCAGUC